AUGGAAAGAUCGCCUCCUUCCUUCUUCCUCUCCUCCGCUUCCCUGAAUCUCUCCUCCCCGAUUCCCUCUCAGUCUGCUGCUGCUCUGAAUCGAUCAGCUUCUAAGCUCCAGCUACAGCUCUUUCUACCGCCUUUGGAGUUCCCGUCUGCUCAUUUGCUUCAAUCCUUUUCCUUUACGGUUUUAGUUGAGCAGUAUCGUUGGAGCUUUUCUGUUGCUACGGCGAUUCUCCCUGCUUUUGCGCGCCUGUGGAGCAUGACUGAAAGCUAUAGCAAUGCAAGUGCAAGCUCGACUUCAAGUUAUAAUAGCAGCGUCCCGGAUACAGAGGAUGAUCAGGUGAUAGCGAGCCUCUUAGCUGAAGAAGAAAAUGCUAAUGCUGGCAGACAGCUUGGAAAGAGGCUUUCUCAUUUGGAUUCUAUACCUCACACUCCUCGGGUUAAUGGUCAGAUUCCAGACGUGAAUGAUGCAACCUUAGAUCAUGUUCGGCUGUCUGGAAGGUUGAAUACAUAUGGUUUGGCAGAACUGCAGAUGGAGGGUGAUGGGAAUUGUCAGUUUCGGGCAUUAGCAGACCAGCUAUUUCGCAGUCCGGAUUAUCAUAAGCAUGUUAGGAAGCAAGUUGUUAAGCAGCUAAAGCACUUCAGAAAAAUGUAUGAAAGCCAUGUCCCGAUGAGGUACAGAAGCUAUGUAAACAAGAUGAAAAAAUCAGGGGAGUGGGGUGAUCACGUUACUCUACAAGCUGCUGCAGAUAGAUUUGAAGCCAAGAUCUGCUUAGUUACAUCUUUCCGUGACACUUGCUAUAUCGAGAUCAGGCCCAAAGACAAGCCUCCUGGCAGAGAGAUCUGGCUAAGCUUUUGGAGUGAAGUCCACUACAACUCACUGUACGCGAUCGGUGGUAAUCAACGUAUGUCCCCAGCAGAGCACCAAGGAAAAGGCAUUGGCUCUUCUGAUAUGUUUUUCCUUCCUGAAACUAUACUAUCCUGUCAUCCAUGCUUCAUUUCAUCGUCUACCCUCUGCACAUUUUGCAACCUCAGCAAUCGGAUUUUUCUCAGCAGCCACAAGCAGAGAAAUCUCACCUCCCAUCUCCUUCUCUUCCGGGGAGAAUGCGCGAUUCGCGAACCUGAUUCUGGGAAGGAGAGAAGAGGACUGAAGAGAGACUGUAGUGUCGGAUUAAGAUUAAAGCUCACAAUGAGGUCGACGAUUAUGAUCAAAUUGGGGCUGCUUCUAUGUUUUGUUUCCGCCAAUUUUGUAAUCCCUUCACAAUCCGCCGUCUCGAGCGUAGAUCUAGGUUCAGAAUGGAUGAAAGUAGCGGUAGUGAACUUGAAACCAGGUCAGAGUCCGAUCGCCGUCGCUAUCAACGAGAUGUCCAAGCGGAAAUCGCCGGCCUUAGUGUCGUUCAACUCGGGUACUCGUCUACUCGCUGAGGAAGCCGCCGGAAUCACCGCUCGUUACCCUAACAAAGUGUUCUCGCAGCUGCGGGACAUGAUCGGGAAAUCGUACAACGAUGUGAAGGGCGUUUUGGACUCAAUGUACCUGCCGUUCGAUGCAGUGGAGGAUUCCAGGGGAGCCGUUGCGUUCAAGGUGGACGAAGGUCAAGUUUACUCCGUUGAGGAAUUGUUGGCCAUGAUUUUGGGCUACGCGUCGAAUUUGGCAGAGGUCCAUGCUAAGUUACCUGUGAAAGAUGCCGUCAUUAGUGUGCCGCCGUAUUUUGGGCAGGCGGAGAGGAGAGGGCUGAUUCAGGCAGCUCAGUUGGCUGGGAUGAACGUUCUUACUCUGAUAAAUGAACACUCUGGUGCGGCAUUGCAGUAUGGGAUUGAUAAGGAUUUCUCGAAUGGGUCGAGAUAUGUGAUAUUCUAUGAUAUGGGUUCAAGUAGUACUUAUGCAGCACUUGUGUAUUAUUCGGCGUACAAUGCCAAGGAGUUUGGGAAGACUGUGUCCAUUAACCAGUUUCAGGUUAAGGAUGUUAGAUGGAAUUCAGAGCUUGGAGGUCAGAACAUGGAAAUGCGGUUGGUGGAGUUUUUCGCUGAUGAAUUCAAUAAGCAGGUUGGAAAUGGAGUUGAUGUGCGCAAGUCUCCCAAGGCAAUGGCUAAACUGAAGAAGCAGGUUAAGCGGACAAAGGAAAUUUUGAGUGCAAAUAUAGCAGCUCCGAUUUCGGUUGAGUCUCUCUACGACGAUCGCGAUUUCAGGAGCUCCAUUACACGGGAGAAGUUUGAAGAGUUAUGCGGUGAUUUAUGGGAUAAAUCCCUAGUCCCCAUCAAAGAAGUAAUAAAGCAUUCAGGUUUGAAGGUGGAUGAGAUAUCCGCCGUGGAACUUAUUGGAGGUGCUACAAGAGUGCCAAAGUUACAGGCUAAGAUUCAGGAACUUCUUGGAAGAAAUGAGCUGGACAAGCAUCUGGAUGCAGAUGAAGCUAUAGUUCUUGGAGCAGCAUUGCAUGCUGCAAAUCUAAGCGAUGGUAUCAAAUUGAAUCGUAAGCUAGGAAUGAUUGAUGGUUCUUCAUAUGGAUUGGCUGUUGUACUGGAUGGCCCAGAUUUCAAAGAUAGGCAGUCACUGGUGCCUAGGAUGAAAAAGGUCCCCAGUAAGACGUUCAGAUCCAUUGUCCUUAACAAAGAUUUUGAAGUUUCACUUGAAUACGAGUCUAAUGAACUCUUACCGCCCAGCAUCAGUUCUCCAGUGUUUGCACAAUAUUCCGUGUCUGGUCUCACGGAGGCGAGUGAGAAGUAUUCAUCACGAAAUCUUUCCUCCCCAAUAAAGGCAAAUCUGCAUUUUUCACUCAGCAGGAGUGGGGUUCUCUCUUUGGACCGAGCAGACGCUCUCGUGGAGAUAUCAGAAUGGGUGGAAGUCCCAAUAAAAAAGAACCUCACUGCUGAAACUAUCACAAACUCUUCAAGCAGUACUCCAGAGACUGGUACUGAUAAGGGGGCUGCUGAGAAUACCACAACGAGUUCUGCUACUGAGAAUUCUUCAGAAGGAAGUAAUGAAACGGCAGGCAGUGAAUCUAACUCAGAUGUCAAAGAACCAAUCACCACCAAAGUGGCUACUGAGAAGAAGCUCAAAAAACGAACAUUCAGGGUUCCACUGAAGAUCACUGAGAAGACAGCAGGUCCAGGAAAGCCUCUUUCAGAAGAAUCUCUGGCUGAAGCUAAAAGAAAGCUGGAAGAAUUGAACAAGAAAGAUGCAGAGCGGCGAAGAACUGCAGAAUCGAAAAAUAACUUGGAAGGAUAUAUUUACUCAACAAAAGAAAAGCUUGAAACAGACGAGGAGUUUGAGAAGAUAUCGACAAGUGAAGAACGCCAAUCUUUCGUUGAAAAGCUUGACGAGGUUCAAGACUGGCUAUAUACUGAUGGUGAAGAUGCAACUGCCAGUGAGUUUGAGAAACGAAUGGAUUCUUUGAAAACCACUGGCGACCCAAUAUUUUUCCGAUAUAAGGAGCUAUCAGAUCGGCCAGGUGCAACUAAACUUGCUAGGAAGUACCUCACUGAGCUGAAACAGAUUGUAGAAGGUUGGGAGGCAAACAAACCUUGGCUCCCUAAGGACAGAAUAACUGAGGUUCUGAAUGAUGGCGAAAAGUUGAAGAGUUGGCUUGAUGAGAAGGAGGCAGAGCAGAAGCAGACUUCUGCUUCUAGCAAACCGGCCUUCACAUCUGAAGAAGUGUACACCAAAGUAUUUAAGUUGCAAGACAAGGUUACCAGCAUUAACAAAAUUCCAAAGCCGAAACCUAAAGUGGAGAAGACCAAGAAGAACGAAACAGAGGAGCCUAAGAAAGCCGAGACAGAAGAAGAUCCCAAGAAGACCGAGGCAACUGAAGAGCCUAAGACGGCUGCAGAGGAAGCCACUAGCGAGAAGGAUACUGCAGAUACCCAGGCACACGACGAGUUGUGAUUCGAUCAGAAACCAGUAACCACUGCUGCGCGUAUUAGGAACAAUGCCGGUCAUCGGCUGGUCUCCAGAGCCAAACUCAAAUCAACAGUAAGAGAAGAUAGAGAAGGUAACGAUGCAUUUGCUGGAUUAUAUGAAUGGGAGAGCUUGAAAAGCUUUCUCAUCCUGAGGAUUCGUCUCGCACCGUUCUAUUCCCUUUUUCUGCUAGUUUUCCACACAAUAGCUGCAAGGUGUAGAGGGCCAUAGUGGAACAGUAGGUUUGUCUCUGGACUCUGGGAAUUUUGGUAAGCUUUAACAGUCUCAUUUUUGCUCUCCAUUGUAGGAAGAGACUAAUACAUGUAAACAAAGCACAAUGAUGACAAUCUCUUUUUGGUAGUGUAGCACUAGCUAAGAGUUACGAAGCAGUCAUUUUGGAAGCUUAGGUUAUCUAGCCUUCAUUGGGCCUAAAUGUUGAGCCCGAUUUCAGCCCUAGACGAGUACUUCAACAGGUCAUUCCUUUUUCCGUUCGGACUUAGGACUAGGUUUUCCCCUGUAUGCCUCCUCGUCGUUCUAUAUAACAGUAGGGUUCCGGCGGUCGGAUUUUACUGUUAAUCCUUACUUUACUCCACAUCAUGGACAGGCUAAGCAACCUUUCCGACGACAUUCUACGCCACAUCCUCUCCUUCCUCGUCGACAUAGAAUCCGCCGCUCGAACCAGCACUCUGUCCGGGAGAUGGAGACCCUUGUGGAAGGACGUCCCCGUCCUCCACCUCUACUCGAGCACUUUCCCCUCCACCGGCAACUUCAAGCACAAGUUGGCCCCCCUCCGAUCCCACCGCGGGACCUGCGCCCACAUCAGCUUCAUCAGCUCCGGCAAGGAAGAAGAGUAUGCUAUCAUAGUAGGAAGAAAGAAGCCCGACCGUCAUGCUAGUAUUGGGGAGGGUGUCGUUGACGUGUUCGACAAGGCACUGGAACGCUGUGGUUCCCUCCGGGCUAUGUCAUUCCGCAAAUGGUUUCUAUGUGGUGACUUGGGUCGCAUGGCGUCCUCCAUCGCCCGUCACCAUCACAGCGAACCUCUCGAGGCUCUCGAGCUCGUGG